AAGAAGAAAUUAUUAAGACAUCAAAUAAAGUAGUAGUUAGAAAAACGACGGAGAAAAUAACUAAUGAACGUAAGAAAGCAGCGGUUACGGCUAUUCAAUUAACUACGACUCCUGAAACUUGUAAAGAAAUUGUUUCCGAACAAAAGAAAGAUGGACGAAUUGAAUUAAGCGAGACUAUUAAAAAAGAAUUAGACAUUCCAUCAACCGAAACUUUAGUAACCACCGUUCAAAAAUAUACUAUAAAUGAAAAAUUAAAGAAACCCGAAUCAACAUCUUGGUGGACAACAGCCGUAAAUCUUAGCUAUCUAAAAAAUGCCGCUGCUCAACACGAAGGAGAAUGGAGAGAUAAAUACAACAAAGCUCGUGAAUAUCUCUCUUCUCAAAUUGGAGAUUCUGAUGCAGAAAAAGAAAUUUUAGAAGUCACGGAUAAAUAUGUAGUUGACAAAGCAACACAUAAAGUCAUUGAAGAUCAUAAACAAGAAGUAAUUGCCGUUGAAAAAGAGAAGAAAGAAAAGAGGCAAAGUAUUCUUGAAAAUAUAACUGGUGGUAUAACGAGUUUAUAUAAAACCUCUACCGAAGCAACUAGGGAUCUUGGAAAACAUAUAGGACAAGCUCUUACUUUUGACACCGAUGAACACGAUCAUCAAGAAAAAGCAGCAGCCUUAAUAGUUGUUCAAUCAAGUACCACUCCUGAAAAAACAAAAUCGAUUGUUACAACACAAAAGAAUGAUGGAAGCUUCGAGUUAAGUCAGACUAUAGUUAAAGAGUUAGAUGUUCCUGCAAAAGAAGUCGUGACAACUAUUCAGACAUAUACUACUAAUGAAAAACUAAAGAAACCUGAAUCAGCAUCUUGGUGGAAAACAGCAUUAACUCUUAGUUACCUUAAGAAUGCCGCAUCUCAACACGAAAAAGAAUGGAGAGAUAAAUAUAAUAAAGCACGAGAAUACCUUACUUUACAAAUUGGUGACGCAGAAGCCGAAAAAGAAUUGCUAGAUACUACAGAUAAAUAUGUGGUCGAUAAUGUGACUAAGAAAGUAAUUGUUGAGAAAAAGAAAACCGCAAUAAUUGCUAUCCAAUCUCAUACAACACCCGAGACCGUCGAAACAGCUAUUUCCUCUCAGAAAGAUGAUGGUUCAUUUGAAAUUAGUGAAACAAUUACUAAAGAACUUGAUGUCACUUCUCCCGAAGAUCUUAUUACUUCAGCACAAGAUGUCACGAAAAAUGAUAAACUUAAAUAUGUUGAUGCUUCUAUUUGGAAGACUGCUUUGACCCUUGGAUACCUCAAUACUACUGCACCCCAACAUGAAAAUACCUGGAAAGAUAAAUAUGAUAAAGCCCGAGAAUACCUCCACGCUAAACUUAAUAACCCCGAAUUAGAAGAAGAAAUUAUUAAGACAUCAAAUAAAGUAGUAGUUGGGAAAACAACAGAAAAAAUAACUAAUGAACAUAAAAAAGCGGCAGUUACGGCUAUUCAAUUAACUAUAACCCCUGAAACCUGCAAAGAAAUUGUUUCCGAACAAAAGAAAGAUGGACAAAUAGAAUUAAGUAAAACUAUUAAAAAAGAGCUAGACAUUCCAUCAACCGAAACUUUAGUAACUACCGUACAAUCAUAUACGACAAAUGAAAAAUUAAAGAAACCCGAAUCAACAUCUUGGUGGACAACAGCCGUAAAUCUCAGUUAUCUAAAAAAUGCCGCUGCUCAACACGAAGGAGAAUGGAGAGAUAAAUACAAUAAAGCUCGUGAAUAUCUCUCUUCUAAAAUUGGAGAUGCUGAUGCUGAAAAAGAAAUUUUAGAAGUCACGGAUAAAUAUGUAGUUGAUAAAGCAACGCACAAAGUCAUUGAAGAUCAUAAACAAGAAGUAAUUGCCAUUGAAAAAGAGAAGAAAGAAAAGAGACAAAGUAUUCUUGAAAACAUAACUGGUGGUCUAACGAGUAUAUACAAAUCUACUGCCGAAGCCACUAGGGAUCUUGGAAAACAAAUUGAACAGGCUUUCACCUUCGACGAAGAUGAACACGAUAAUCAAGAAAAAGCAGCCGCAUUAAUAGUCGUUCAAUCAAAUAUAACACCUGAAAAAACAAAAUCGAUCGUUACAACACAAAAGAAUGAUGGAAGCUUCGAAAUAAGUCAGACUAUAGUUAAAGAAUUAGACGUUCCUGCAAAAGAAGUCGUGACAACCAUCCAGAAAUGUACUACUAAUGAAAAACUAAAGAAACCUGAAUCAGCUUCAUGGUGGAAAACAGCAUUAACUCUUAGUUACCUUAAGAAUGCCGCAUCUCAACACGAAGGAGAAUGGAGAGAUAAAUAUAAUAAAGCACGAGAAUACCUUACUUUACAAAUUG